UGUUUACAGAUAAAAAUGAAACUUUUCUGUUUUUUACUAUCGAUAGUCUUUGUUAAUGUUUCAACGGACGAACCAAUAGAGACAACGUAUAAGAGGCAAAUUGCUAUUAACAACACACUCAUCGAGGUUGCUCAUAAUAUGAAUAAUUGUAUCGUAGAAGAUAACUUUAUAUCAAAUGGAUUGGAGCAUGUAAUUAAACAUAUCGUUUUUAAUGAUGUAUUUUUAUUAGAUACAGAAUAUAUAAUUGUCAAUUUCAUCAUGCAAGCAACCGUUUUACCUGAAUAUCCAUGGAACAACAGCAUGCUAGCAUCUUUAGUGCACCAACACACUUUGAAAAAAGUAUUCGUAGAUGAAUUAAAAAUUACUGCACCUGAAGUCCCAUCCGAAGAUCUUAUGAACUUAGAUUUACCACAACUUGGAGAUCAGAGAAGAAAUCUCAUUGGAAUAGCUGUAAAAAAUAUAAUUUGCCAGGCAAUAGACUUUGAAAAUGUGACCAAUCUUCUAGAAGAGAGAAGACAUGCUCCUACAGGGAAUUCAAGAAAUAGAAUCAUCCGUGCAUCAGACAGAAAUUUGUAUCAAGUUCCAUUCAAAAAGAUGUGUGAAUUUAUAAUAAUGUUCUUGUUGACAAAAUAUCCAAUAGAAGUUGUACAUGUUCGGAGUGAUGAAGAAGAGAAAACUUGUGCAUUACAAAUUAAUUAUACACCCGAAGUACGGAUGUACAGAGAAAUUGAUGGCAUAUGGUGGCAAGUACCCUACAAUGACUUGGAUAAUCCAAUAGAAACUUUAAAAAAUCAAAUAUGCUAAUUUAAACCAGGAAUCAAUUAUAUAUUUCUUCUAAAACUAUACAAUAUGAUUGUUAUUAUAUUUAAAUAAUAUUUUCACUGUUCUCUAAUAUCCAAGCUGUAAAUUAAUUGAAUGUGCUUCAUAAUAAACAGCUGUAAUCACGAUUUUAA